AUGAGCGACGAAGCUGGUCCGGUGACACCGUUCGCGCACGGUGCGUUCUUACCGAAUGGCCACAACACCGAUCCUCCUUUGCCCGCCGACGACCCUACGAUAGGGUACAAGCUCAAUCACUUUAUGAUGAGGAUUCGGGAUCCGAAGCAAACCAUGAAGUUUUACAUCGAUUUGAUGGGCAUGAGGACCGUUUUUACUCUGAACGUCGGUCCCUUCACGAUCUACUACCUGGGAUACCCUCAAACGGCCGAACACCGCGCCGACCUACCCAAGUUCGGCCUCGACACGGCCACGAACCUCCAACACACGCUUGGCCUCUUGGAACUCUACCACGUGCACGGCUCCGAGAAACAGGAGCCGGGCUACUACUCGACCGGCAACACGCCGCCGGCCCUGGGGUUCGGUCACCUGGGGUUCACGGUGCCCGACGUCCCCGCGGCGCUGAAGCGGCUCAGGGACGCCGGAGUAGAGGUCAUCAAGGAUCUCGGCGUGUGCGACAGACCGUCCAUCCCCGUCAGCGACUGGGAGAAUGAGCGCGGCGUGGGCGUCGAGGUCAAGGGGACCGAGUCGGAAAUCCACGACGAGUACGCAAAGGUGUUUAAGAAGAUUGCCUUUGUUAGGGAUCCGAGCGAGAUCAUCACCGCCAGGUCAAAAGAACAGCAGACAUCGGGGGCAAAGAACAAUCACAGCAAAGGUCAAAGGGCUAACUUUUUCUGUUCUCGUGGACAGGAUGGGUAUAUCGUCGAACUGGUUCCUCAGAAUGUGGAUCCGAAGAAUCCUUAG